AUUCCGUCCUUUUGCCAUUUAAAACUCCUUCUGAUUGAUUUGAGCAAAGCUUACAACUUUCCUUCAUUCCUGUGCUUUCAAUUCUUCCAUUAAUCACUGCGGAAGUAUUUAUUUCUUCUUCUUUCCUUUUAAGCAUUAACGAGCUGUGAUGCAGUUGUAGGGUUCCUGUUGUUGAUCGAGCGCUAGAAAGAUGCAGAAUUUGGGUGAUUUCAAAUUGCCCCACUUCUUCAAUUACCCACCUUACUUCACUAUGCAGCCAGUUAGGGACACUCGAGAGAAACAAGUACAGCUCUGGAAGGAACUUAUCAUUGAUUAUUGUAAAACUCAGAAGAUAUUUGUGAUUGAAUUGGAACAAGAAUUUCCUUUGUUCUCUAAUCCUGUUAUUGAAAGAUCUCUGAGUCAUGAGGCUAGGGAAGCAUUUCUCUCUGCAUUAGUUUCAGAAGGCCGUGCAGAGUGGUUAGAUAAAGGACAUCGGAAAUGCCUCAUUCUGUGGCAUCGUAUUCAAGACUGGGCUGACAUUAUCUUACGUUUUGUGAAGGACAAUGGCUUAGAGGAUGAUGUCAUGACUAUUGAGGAAAUGCGCUCGGGAAUUGAAUCUCGGGGAACAGAGCUUCAUGGGAUAGAUCGGAUAAUUUUGAUGCGGGCAUUGAAGCUACUAGAACAUAAAGGGAAGCUUGCAAUCUUCAAGGGAACUUCAGCUGACGAUGAAGGUGUGAAGUUCUCCAUAUAAUGUUUAGCCUGCCGUAUUGUAGAGGAUAGUCUUUCUGGAUAUGUUCUCAAAUGUAGUGGUACCGAACUGCUCAUCACACUUUUUGUGAAUACUGUCAAACAAAUGAAUCGAGUGUUGGCUCUUUCUAGUUUCUAGAGUUACCCUUUUCUAUCAGUUCCCAACAGCAAUAAACUGAAGGCUCCCUUGUUAUUCCAGUUUAAUUUAAGCUUUUAAGAUGUCUGUUACUCUGAA